GAGAACGAGAAACUGCUGCAGCUGGAGAGCGCCUUGCCACUGGACGGUCUUCCUCAGACCAUACAGGAUUCCAUCCACCUUGCUCGCCUGUUGGGUUUCGAACACUUGUGGGUCGACGUGCUCUGUAUCUUUCAGGGCUCGACCGAAGCCGACAGCCAGGACCGGGCGGUUCAGCUCGGCAAUAUGAGGACGAUUUACCGAGAGUCAAGCGCGACGAUUGUUGCAGCCUGUGGAGAAACGGCUGACGCUGGC